UUUCCAAAGUCAAGGAACGCCUGUUUGACAACCAGUUAGAUUGGAGAACGAGUGGGUGAAGAGGGAGCGUCUGGGUUUGAACUUGUUUCACCUCGUACUAGAUAUCGCAUUGAGUAAAAGAAUACCGCUGCGAUUUCAGUGCACUACACAGCAAAAUGGAGGCAGUGGCAGCUAUCCUCAACUCCCCUCUUCAGGCAGUCGCCUCAGCCCUGAUUUUUGGAGCGGUGUUUUUGUUCAUUUUCGAAAUUCUCAGUAUCAAAUUUCCCCGGUACAGAAAACCACCUGGUCCCACGCCUUUGCCUUUCAUCGGAAACUCGCUGCUGCUAGCCCGGGCACCGUUUAAAACAUUCGCGCAGAUGCGGGAGAAGUACGGCGACAUCAGCCUUGUCUACAUUGGCCGAACCCCCACGGUGGUCCUCAGCGGAUUCAGCGUGAUCAAAGAGGCGCUCGUGCAAGCUGGUGUGGAGUUCGCGGGGCGACCCACUAUUCCUGUGUUGGACUGGAUCGUUCACGGACUGGGCAUAGUGAUGGCUCCCUAUGGCCUGUCCUGGAAGCAGCAGAGACGGUUUUCCCUCACGACCCUCCGCAAUUUCGGCUUGGGGAAGAAAUCCCUGGAAGAUCGCGUUUCCGAAGAGGCUUUGUUUCUGGUGCGAGAAUUGGAGAAGCAAGGGGGGAAGCCUAUCAACCCCCAGUUCACCGUCUACAACGCUGUGUCCAACAUCAUCUGCUCGGUGGUGUUCGGGAGCAGGUUCGAGUACGACGACGAGGAUUUCAGGCACCUGCUUCACAUCAUAAACAGGAACGUUCAGCUUAUGAGCUCCUUGACUGCCCAGGUCUUCAACCUCAUGCCGUUCAUCAAGCACCUCCCCGGACCACACCAGCAGAUCCGCAGGAACUCAAUCGAGGUCAUGGCAUUCAUCGGGAAAUUGUACCGGGAGCACAAAGAGACCUUCGAUCCGGAAAACCUCCGGGAUUUCCUCGACGCUUACAUCCUGGAGAUGGACAAGCAAAAGUCUAAUCCCGAGUCGACGUUCUUUGAAGAGAAUCUCUUCAUGACCAUUGCAGAUUUGUUCCUGGCGGGGACUGACACGACCGCCACAACGCUGAGGUGGGGGCUGCUCUACAUGUCUCAGUAUCCAGAGGUGCAAGAGAGGUGUCACCAGGAGAUAGCGCGUGAGGUUGGGUAUGACCGGACACCGUCCUUAAACGACAAGGACAGGCUGCCAUACGUGGAGGCCACGAUCCGCGAGAUCCAACGAGUGGGAAACAUUGUCCCCAUGGGCGUGCCCAGACAAGUGACGAAAGAUACGAAGCUCCGUGGAUACACCCUGCCCAAGGGGACCCAGGUAAUUUGCAACCUGUCCUCCGUGCUGAACGACAAGGACCACUGGAAGUUCCCUGAUCAGUUUAACCCUGAGAACUUCCUGGAUGACCAGGGCCGUUUCUGCAAGCGUGAGAGCUUCAUACCCUUUGGCACAGGGUUGCGUGUGUGUCCGGGGGAGCAGCUGGCUCGCAUGGAACUCUUUGUCUACUUCAGCAUUUUGCUGCAGCGACUGGAGUUUAUCUGGCCCGAUGGUUCCGGCACCCCCGAUCUAGCCGGCUCGUUUGGUCUGCUCCGAAACCCCUUACCAUUCCAAGUGAUCUGUCAGAGCCGGGACAGGGCGGGCCAGGCCAAGUGAAACACUUUGGGGUUGGGCAGGCGGUACUACUCAUCAGAAUGUAGAUUAACAUGUAACUACUACAAGCUUGAUUAGCCACAGUGUAUAGGUAACAAGCUCAGGUGUGUCUUAUUAAACUUCUAGUAAAAUGCAAGUCUUAUUUCCAUCCCUGAAAAAUGAUCAUGUAUUCUGUCAAAAACCUGAUGAAAUAAAAUAUAUAUAUAAA